UCUGGCUCUGCGCCUGGCUCCCUCGGGUCCGCUCCCCUUUCCCGCCGGCCUGGCCCGGCGUCACGCUCCCGGAGUCUCCCCGUUCGGCGUCUCGUUGCGGGAGGGGGUCAGAUCACCCCGCCGGGCGGUGGCGCUGGGGGGCAGCGGAGGGGGAGGGGCCUUAGUCGUUCGCCCGCGCCGCCCGCCCGCCUGCCGAGCGCGCUCACCGCCGCUCUCCCUCCUUGCUCUGCAGCCGCGGCCCAUGGAGCCCGCCGGCCCGGCCCCUGGCCGCCUAGGGCCGCUGCUGCUCUGCCUGCUGAUCUCCGCGUCCUGUUUCUGGGCAGGAGCCACAGAGAAGGAACUGAAGGUGAUUCAGCCCGAUCAGUCAGUGUCUGUUGCUGCUGGGGACAACGUCACUCUGAACUGCACUGUGACCUCCCUGACGCCUGUGGGACCCAUUAAGUGGCUCAGAGGAACAGGGCAAAGCCGGCACCUAAUCUACAGUUUCAGAGGAGAAAGCUUUCCUCGAUUUACAAAUGUUUCAGAUGCUACUAAGAGAAACAACUUGGACUUUUCCAUCCGUAUCAGUAAUGUCACCCCAGCAGAUGCCGGCACCUACUACUGUGUGAAGUUCCAGCCAGACACCUCAGAGUUGGGCAAGGAACUUCAGUCUGGAGGGGGAACGGUGGUCUAUGUGCUCGCCAAACCUUCUCCACCGGUGGUCUCCGGCCCAGCAGCCAGGGCCACACCUGAGCAGACUGUGGACUUCACCUGCAAAUCUUAUGGCUUUUCUCCCCGGAAUAUCAGCCUGAAGUGGUUCAAAGAUGGCAACAAACUGCCCAACGUGGAGCCCACUGUGACCCCUGAGGGGGAGAAUGUCUCCUACAAUAUCUUCAGCACAGCCAAGGUGAAACUGAGCCCUGGGGAUGUCCAUUCUCAGGUCAUCUGUGAGGUGGCCCAUGAGACUUUGAAAGGAAGCCCUCUUCGUGGGAUUGCCAACUUGUCUGACUUCAUUCGAGUUUCACCCACCUUGGAGGUCACUCAGGAGUCCACGCUGGCAGGGAGCCAGAACCAGGUGAACAUCAUAUGCCAAGUGCAAAAGUUCUACCCCAGGAACCUCAGCCUGACCUGGCUGGAGAACAGAAACGUGACACGAGUGGAAACACCCAAUAACUGUUCGCUGAACAAGGAUGGGACCUGUAACUGGACAAGCGUGCUCCUGGUGAACAGAUCUGCCCACAAAGAGAACGUGGUGUUCACUUGCCAGGUGGAGCAUGACGGGCAGCCAGCGGUCACCAAGAACCACACCCUGACCAUCUCUUCCCACCUGAACAAGCCCAAAGAACCGGAAACCACCCCCGAUAAUGCUUCUCCCAACCAGAGCAUCUUCAUCGGUGUGGGUGUGGUGUGUGCUUUGCUAGUGGUCCUGCUGAUGGCAGCCCUCUACUUCCUGCGGAUCAAACAGAAGAAAGCCAAGGGGUCAACUUCCUCCACAAGGUUGCACGAGCCUGAGAAGAAUGCCAGGGAAAUAACCCAGGUACAGUCUUUGAUCCAGGACACCAAUGACAUCACAUAUGCAGACCUGAAUCUGCCCAAAGAGAAGAAGCCGGCCCCCCGGGUCCCCGAGCCCAACAACCACACAGAAUAUGCAAGCAUUGAGACAGGCACAGUGCCUAGGUCAGAGGAUACCCUCACCUACGCCGACCUGGACAUGGUCCACCUUAGCCGGUCUCAGCCAGGCCCCAAGCCUGAGCCGUCUUUCUCAGAAUAUGCCAGCGUCCAGGUCCAGAGGAAGUGAAUGGGACUGUGGUCGGCUCUAGGGCCCAUCCCACAAGUUUUCUUGUCCCACAUGGAGUGGCCAUGAUGAGGACACCCAGCCAGCCAGUCCUGUCCUCAGAAGGCCAGGUGGCACAGGUCCUAGGACCAGGAGUAAGGGCGGCCUUUGUCUUCCCUCCUUGGCUCUCCAACACUUCCGGGGCAGCUAUGUCCCCUUCUGCUGGAGGCUGGUGUUGCAGAACCAGAGGGGGAACUGGAAAAAGCUGCUUGGAACCUAAGGAGUGUUGUGCCUCGGCCCAUCACACACGGGUCUGGAUCCUGGUCUUGGUGACCCCAGGUUGCUUUCCUGAUACUCCAGAGCCUGGUCUUCUGUGUAGAGAAGAGCUCGUCACUUCCACCCAACUUGAGUUUUGGGGCAAGAAUCCCAUUAGAUCAAACUGCCCCAUCCACGGAUGAACUACGUCAGGAGACAGCAAGUUUUCAGCCGACAGUGCUGGCCUCCCCACCUCCCAGGCUGACCAGCCCUGGGGGCGAAGGAACCCUCCUCUCCUAGACUGGCAGAGACUCCCUGGGCAUGUUCAGUGUGGCCCCACCGCCUUUCCAGUCCCAGCUUGCUUCCUCCAGCUAGCACUAACUUCAGCAGCAUCACUCUGUGGACGCCUGUAAAUUAUUGAGAAAUGUGAACUGUGCAGUCUUGAAGCUAAGGUGUUAGAAAAUUUGAUUUGUGCUGUUUAGUUGUUGUUGGAUUUUUUUUUCCUUUUCCUUUUUCCUUUUCUUUUUCUUUUUCCUCCUUUUUUUCCCCCCUUAAAACAACAGCAGCAGCAUCUUGGCUCUUCGUCAUGUGUUGAAUGGUUGGGUCUUGUGAAGUCUGAGGUCUAACAAUUUAUUGUCCUGAAAGGAUUUUCUUACAGCAGAAACAGAUUUUUUUUUCCAAUUCCCAGAACUCUGAGGACCCCUCAGCCGCUACUUACAGGCACUCAGCGACACUAGGACGAUCGGGGCCCUGUUCUUAUAGAGCCAUGGGCCGGCCCUGUGCCUCCGUGGCUACUGUGGUAAGUGCAGGCUUAUCUGACCCAAUGAUGACCUAAUGUCGGCCAUGUUGAGGGGAGAAGGUCAGUGACAACCUCCUUCACUCACAAGCACUUCAGAGGCCUGCAGAGAGAAGGGACGCUCGGCCAGUACCCAGCGCUCCAGCCCUUUGGGGGUAAUCAGUGCAGGAGGAGUCCAUUGCGUUCAAACCUCAGCAGGCUCACACGGGCACAGAAUCUGGUCACCUGUGACAGCAUAGCUGUGAGCCAGAGAAGACCGCCCCUCUGUCACUGGAGUCUGGGCAGAGGCUGUGACCUCCACUCUUAAAAUUGGAUGUUGGGUCCUGGCUGGACCCACGGCAAGCAGACAUUGCAACCCUGGCUCUGGUUUUAACAUGUUGCUCAGUAAGUAGAGGCGCUAAUGUCCCUAUCCCUGGACAUUCCUGGCUCGCGCUGUUCAGGUAAGAAGCUGAGCCAACCUGCCUGUUUCUGUAGUGCACAAUCAGUGACGGGGUCCGGAGCACAGCAAGGAUCCAACUCUCUGGGGUUGGUGAUCUGAUAACUUCCCAUGAUGGCAUCCAGGAGUUCUCGGAGCCAAUAAGCUGUGUUGGCAGCACUGGCACGGCAAACCAGAACUUGUCUUUGGCCCUGUCUCCUUCUUGGGCUGUCUUCUAAUUCCAAAGGGUCAGUUUGUAAGCCUCGAUCCCCUUCUCUUUUGCCUAGAGAAGGCACGUGUGUGUGCACCCACAUGGGUGUGUAGACGAGUUUCAAAGAAUGUCCUCUCACUGACACCCUGAUUUUGUCUUAAGUUUUUUUGGAGGGAGAAAGGGAACGAGGCAGGGCAGGUGUAUAGCUAUAGCUUUAGCCAGGCAGCCUGGAGGGCCCCCAGAACUACGUAUGGAACCCUGGUGCGAGGAAGAGGUGAAAAGCGCCCUGUGAGAGGAAUAGGAUUCCAGUUUAUCUGUAGACCAGAUGAGAAGGAAACAGGCCCCGUUUUGUACAUAGUUGCAACUUAAAAUUUUUGGCUUGCAAAAUAUUUUUGUAAUAAAGAUUUCUGGGUAACAACGA